GCCGGGGCCGGAGCGGAGCGGUGCGGGGCGGGGGAACCGCGCCACCGCCGCCGCCUCCUCUUCUUCCUCUCCUUCCUCCCGCAGCCGCCCCUGCCCGUCGAGGCAGCGCUCCCAGGCUCCCCCGGGGCGCUCGGCAUGAGGAGGAUCAGGGCCAAUGCCAUCGCCAUCCUGACCGUCGCCUGGAUCUUGGGCACUUUCUACUACUUAUGGCAGGACAACAAGCCCCGCUCGGCGGCUACCGGCAGGUCCGCCGGAGGCGGUAGCGGCGGCGCCCGGAGCGGGCAGAGGGCGGCCGGCAGGCUGGAGCUGCGCCGGGAAGAGAGGACCAUCCCCCUGAUCAUGACGAGGGCUCCCCAAGGAGAGAGGAGCAGCCGGCGGGGUUUUGAUGAAAAAGCUUACUUGUCCUCCAAGGUGCUGAAGGCUGGAGAAGACCCCUACCGCCAGCACGCUUUUAACCAGCUGGAGAGUGACAAACUGAGCAGCGACCGCCCCAUUCGGGACACCAGGCACUACAGGUGCACUUCUGUACGCUACGACACUGACUUGCCAGCCACCAGCRUCAUCAUCACCUUCCACAACGAGGCGCGAUCCACCCUGCUCCGCACGGUCAAGAGUGUUCUGAACCGCACCCCUCCCGGUCUCAUCCAGGAGAUCAUUUUGGUAGAUGACUUCAGCUCAGAUCCUGAGGACUGCCAGCUCCUUACCAAGAUCCCAAAGGUCAAGUGUCUACGAAACAUCCGUCGAGAAGGGCUGAUUCGCUCUCGGGUGCGAGGAGCUGAAGCGGCAACUGCUGACAUCCUCACCUUCUUGGACAGUCACUGUGAGGUCAACAGCGAGUGGCUGCAGCCAAUGCUUCAGAGAGUGAAAGAGGAUUAUACCCGAGUGGUGAGUCCAAUCAUUGAUGUUAUCAGCCUGGAUAAUUUUGCCUACCUGGCAGCAUCAGCAGAUUUGAGGGGAGGGUUUGACUGGAGCCUUCACUUUAAGUGGGAACAGAUUCCUAUAGAGCAGAAGAUGUCCAGAACAGACCCAACUCAGUCUAUAAGAACUCCUGUCAUAGCAGGAGGCAUCUUUGUGAUUGACAAGUCCUGGUUUAACCACCUGGGAAAAUAUGAUACUCAAAUGGACAUCUGGGGAGGAGAAAAUUUUGAGCUCUCUUUCCGAGUGUGGAUGUGUGGUGGCAGCUUGGAGAUCGUUCCCUGCAGUCGAGUGGGACACGUGUUCAGGAAGCGCCAUCCCUAUGACUUUCCUGAGGGCAACGCGCUGACUUACAUCAAGAACACCAAGCGCACGGCAGAGGUGUGGAUGGAUGAAUACAAGCAGUACUACUACGAGGCCCGGCCGUCUGCUAUUGGCAAGUCCUUUGGAAGUGUUGCAGACCGAGUGGAGCUGCGGCGCAAACUGAACUGUAAAUCCUUCCAGUGGUAUCUGGAGAGUGUCUACCCUGAGCUCAAGAUUCCUGAAAAAGAGUUGAUUCCRGGAAUAAUUAGACAAGGAGGAAACUGUCUGGAGUCUCAGGUGCAGGAUACCACAGGGAAUAUGUUGGCUGGCAUGGGAAACUGUAAAGGGACGGUGAACAAUCCGCCUGUCACCCAGGAGUGGAUAUUCAGUGACCCUUUAAUUAGACAGCAGGACAAGUGUCUUUCCAUUACCUCCUUCUCCACUGGCUCUCAAAUCACACUGGAAGCUUGCAAUCAAAAAGACGGCAGACAGAAGUGGAAGAUGAAAGGCAGUUUCCUUCAACACUUUGUCAGCGGUCUCUGCCUGGAAAACCAGACUGGAAGAGUGGUGACCAACCCCUGUCAAGCAGGUGUACCUGGCCAACAGUGGGAGCUGCUACAAGCAACAUGAUGGUAGCACAGAGAUCUCCUUGUUUGUUUGUGCAUGAGACUUGGAGAGCAGAGGAGGAUCAGGAAGGGAGGAAUGGUUUUGUAUGUCUGACCCUAAAUGUUUUCGUUGUGCCCUUCAGUAAGCCACUGUUUCAGCUGAGCACUUGAUGGUUUUGAGCCUUUCAAAGAAGCUGGGGAUGAGAGGGAUCAGGAGAGUUGUUGAAAUCUUCCCAUCUGUUGUCUCUUGUAGCUGAUGCCUACAUCAGCUGUGCACAGCUGCACCUAGAGAUAGAGGAGGACCCAGCCCAAAACCUGCAGUGACCAGAAUUACCUUGCAGCUCUCCAUAUCCUUUCCUUUCUCUGCAUCCAGAGUUUACAACCUUCAGUCCAGCAGCUUAGGCUCUGCUUGUACAAACAUUGGUAGCUCUUUGGYUUGCCUGGCUUUUUGCUCUAACACCAUGCAUCAUUUAUGCACAUGUCCCUCAUCAAGGACUGGCUGAAGAGUCGUCAUGGUCAGUGGAGAGGCUGGGAAAGGGCUGUCAGAUCCUGGGGCAGGUUUGUCACCUCUUUUUGGUGGGCCCAUUCCUUCCUCUGCCCACAGUAACUGCUCUACAGCCAAAUGUGCUGAGGCUGGGGCGAUGGUGACGAGAGAGAUUGAAAAGGGACAAUAUGUUUUAGCAGCGUAACCAUGGAUUGUUUUUGGGACUAUUCCGUGUUGAAUUCUUCCUUCCAGCUUUUUUAUGUGUGGAAAGCCAGCCCUGUCUCCAAGAGUGACACAAGCCUGCAGGUUCAGGGUACCAUGUUCUGGGGGAGCCAGAGAGGUGCCAACACUUAGGGAUGUCAGGGAAGCUGGGAUUGUUCUCUGGCUGCUCAUCSUGGUGCUACCAGCUACUGCCCACUGCAGUCACACCGAAGGUGGUGCCCAGARCUGCGUGGGCAGCACACACAGACAGAUGUGCUUGCUGUGGCUCAGGCUGUGGCAGGAGCCCACCCAGAUCCCCACUGUGAGAGACAGGAGGGGACAGCYCCUAGGUCAUGGCAGACUUCCUGCUGGCUGGGCCGGGCCGCAGUCCUCAUGCCUGCCUGUCCAGCUCUGCACAGCCCCUGUGAACACAGCCCCACCCAAUCCCCCUGUCUAGUUGCUUUUCUUCCUCUYUUUGAGAAAGAUGAGGCAAAAAGGCUGGGCUUGCUAUGCUUUUGACACCCCUCUCUCUUCCCAGCGGGCACCCUGGGGAGAAGUUAUUUGGUGAAGCUGAAAGUGCCCCCUGCACAAAUGCUGCCACCAUGCAGGCCUGCCCUGAGAGGUGUCUCCUUUGUAUUCUGGGAAUACCAGAGACACUGGUGUCUCUUGCUAACAUCCCAGUCCUGCUCCCAAUUACCAGGCAGCUCUAGCCGAGUGUGGGUKUUCAAACCUGGCCAAGGGAUGCUUACCUAGUCAAAAAAAUGCAGUCCCCAUAACCUUCUUCUAACUAGAUUUGUGAAAUUUUCCUCUUGAGCUAGAUUUUGUAAACCAAUCCUCCUUUCCAAGAACCUGACAGGGGAACCAGAUGGUGGGACCACUUUCAUGAGGCAAUUCCUUGCCUGGAUCCUUUCUGAUCUGGUGUAGAAAAAACAGGUUGUUCGUUUGGGAUCUAAACAGCUGUUUGCUUUUGCUCAUGUUUGUAUUUCUUUUUAAUUCUUUGUAAUAGCYUGGUGUUAGCCCAAACAGUUGACAAAAGAACAGAUAAUGUUCUUYCUACAUUGCAUGUGCUUAGUGUGAAAACUGGACAAUGAUUUUUGCUCUUGGUUUAAAAAUAUUAAAUCCAUCCUGUGGCGGGAGCUCUUUUCCUGUCUCCCCCUUCACUUUGACAUCAGCUCCCCAUCUUGGCACUGAUUAGCCAGAGUGCCUGCACUGUGAAAGCUCAUGAGGGAAUUUCUUUUGAUCCUUGCAGAAUGGUGCAGCUGCUCUUCUGUGUGGAAAUGAGGGUAUUGACUCUGCAGUGAUUUCUCUUUCCCUGUAUAGAGAUGCUUUGAGCUGGAACCACUGGGGUCAGGAGAGGGCAGAGAAAGGAGGAAAAUAGCCUAGGAAUGGAAAGAAAGCAGGACAGACAGACCCAUUGAGGGAAGAGAUGCUAUUCUAUUGGCUACUGAAUUUUAAAACGAGAAUAUGCAGUAGGAGACAGGAACAGUCAAGUUCUUACAUACCUGGCUUGAAAAACRUUGAUGCAAAGACAGAUGAAGGGCCACUGAGCAGGUACUGUACGUAAGCUCCACAUACAAUGAAGUGUGAAAGCAUUACAUAUUUUCAUCUAAAGGGAACCUAAAUGGACCAUUGACCUGCCCCCAUUUCACUCUCCAGCAGCUCGUGGGCUGCAGCUAACAGCAUGUUCACUCCUCUACCAGGUGCUGCUUUCCUCCUCCCUGCUCCCACUCUGUGUGCAGCUUUCUUGCAGUUCCUUCUCCAUAACCACUCUGGGACAGGACCCAGCUCCUCUACAAACGAUGCUCCUGACUGCUGCAGACACAGAAGCUCUGCUUACAAACAGUCUCCAAGCUCUGGGCCAGCCCUAACUCAAUGGACUCUUGUCAGCACGAUGCCCACUGCCCUUGACUGUGUUUGGCUCCAGUGCUGGAGGCUGCUGCCUGCUCCUGGAGCAGCCAUACCUGGACUGGCUGUGUUGAUUUGUGCCUCUCUUCCUACUGCUCUCCUCCUGGCACAGUGUGAACUGGCAUCCUUGGGCUGUAAGCUGGGGCAGCUGAAGGCUGGACACUCUCCUUCUUCAGGUGCCCUGGCCUGGGGRAGGAAAGGCCAAAGGUGGACAUAUGCUAGAUGUCAAUAACUCAAGUUGCUUGUGGAGUYUGAAGUUUAAUUUUUUAAUUCUACCUGGUUUUGGACAUGUUCUCCUGAAGUCCCUCCCAAUUGCUCAUUCUUCAGUCAGCUAAAGCAUUGCUUUAGCUCAGUGUAAACCUCCCCACACAUCAUCUUUUGGAAGCCAUUGGUUUCCAAUGUAUUUUACCAGUUGCUGAAAUGGAGGUACAUUACAAAAGGCUGCUGUCAAGCAUGGGCAAACUGAACAACUUCUUGGAAUAAACAAAGUYUUGUCCAAGCUCAUUAUUAGCAUACUUUCCAUUUCCCUUGAAGGGAAGGAUGAACAAUAUUAUCUCUGUUUUUUUUUUCUCCUAAGUCCACACAGUGCCAUGUUUUGGAACAAGUUUGUGUUAGGAUUUUUUCAAGCAAACUGUCUAUUUUUAACAGAACAAGCAGCUGCUCACCGUUGUUUUCCUGUUUACUUUAAACAGUUCCCUAGACUGUCAAUACAGAGCAUUUGCAUUGGUAAUACCUUUAAAGAAAGCUGUUCUUGUAUCAGAGCAUCCAGUGUAAUUUCCUGUGCUGUGAACCAAUGGAGGUUUAUUUAAGAGGAGCUGAAUCUACUGUUGUACAGAAAUCAAUUACAAAAGGUUUAUUUUYCCCACUCACUUAUAAGUUGCACUUUGCCAGAUGUUAAUUUAUGUGGAACCCAGAUUAGUUUUCCUUUUUCUUCAUAAAAAAGCAUGUGCCAGAAUCUGUUUAAUGCCUGGAAUAAAAUCCAUUUUGAAAUAAGCGUUUCAGCCUUUUCUUAUUCCCCUUUGCUUCCUCUUUUGGAAAAGAGCAUCCUUUCUCGCCUGGUGCCCUCCUCUGUCUCUCACUGCGUUUGUUCCCCUGAUAGACAGACCCCAGUUCUUUGCAUGGAUUCRUGGAUUCUUCAGGAGGAUACUGUUGGAGCUGGCACAGAUGUGACUAGGAUAUGAUGAUGUACCUUCAUCAGUUGAAUAUGGCCUUCUCAACUGGAUAGGGAGACAAGUAUCCUUCCUGGCAAUUAAUGGACCAACUUACAUGCUGAAAGAAAGAGCUGAGGUUGUGGGGAAUCAAUUCUUCCUGUUACUUCCUCCUUGGUAUUUUCCUUAAGCUAGCAGCUUGCCUGUUUUUUACRUAAGGCUCCCAAAGACCCUUCUGCUUCUGGCUUGAGGGUGAAGAAGCAUCACCACCACCCACAUAGGUCUCCUGGCUUGUGCAUUGCUGAGCUUCAAAUAUUGUGAUUCCCCAAGGAGGCUGGUGAGCUUUUCUAACCUCAUAUUAUUUAAAAAGAAAAGUAAAUAAAAAAAAAGAAAGAAAAGGAGGGGGGGUAAAAGAGAGGGAAAAAAACCUCAGCCAGCAUUGUCAAUUUGUGGACUUUGAGUUUAAAAUCAGAGCUCAAUAGCCUGCCAGUUCACCUGGCAGAGUUUUUUUCAAACUAGAAUCAGCUGGGUCUGCCUCUGCAGAAAGCAAGCUGUGCCAGAGCAUCUGUGUAGGGAAGGAGGGUGAAGGUUUGCUGGAARUCUGCUGGUGUGGGGGGAUCCAGUGCUUUUCUGUGCUGCCUGAUGCUUGAGUGCUGGGGGAGCUCAGUAAAAACAGAGAGGAGUUGUUUCUCUGUUAGUGCUGCUUCUGAGGCAGGACAUAGUUGGGCUGUGUCCCUGAGCCCUGCCAUGCACACCCUGAGUGAUGAGCACCAAAGUGCCCUGGAAACCAGGAGGCUCUCAGGCUGUAAUGAUGGCUGGGAAGACUUUAAUCAGCCCUGCCUAGGAAAAUGAUGCACUGAUCUUCUGAAGAGCCAACUGGGGGAUUGGGAGGGAAGCAGAAAUGAGUGAGAGACGGGCUACCCUCUGAGGGAGGAUAGGGUCAGACAGGCAGUGGUCUGACACAUACAUAAUGCACAGAAGAGUUUGGAGCAGAAACAGAUGCCUCUGAAGGGACCAGAACCCAGACUGGGAAAAUUUAUAUGCGAGUCAUUUCUCUGCUGGAGGCUGAAAACAUAGAGGCACCAUGUCCACAGCAAUCAUACAGCUGGAUCAAAUUCAGCAAUGCUUUAUCUAGAAAAGAAAACAGUUGUUUGGAUUUGUUGUCUGUUUGUUUAGUUUGUUUUUUUUAAAUACUCAAGUACUUCACUUUAGAAAUCACAAAGCAGAUCAUUUUCUUAGAAAUAGAGGUAUUCCCCAGGCUACAUUCAGUAGCUACAUUCAGUAAAUCUAGGUACCAAGGGACCAUAAUUUUCUUGUUUUGUUUGUUAAAAGGGGUUUGCUUCAUGCAGAGACCUGAUGGGAAUGUCUCAAUUCUCAAGACCCUCUGUUGUUGGGCUGCAGGGUGUGUGGAAAGGGAUCUCUCUAGGCCUUUAAAUGGACUUCUUCAGCAUUUUAGAAGUACAUUCUAAGUUCAGAAGCAUCUGGAAACCCGACUGCUGCUCUUCCCUCGGGCAGGCAUCCUAACAUGCUCCCUGCAUCCUUUCUCCUUUGGUCUCUACUGCUUUGUGAGUGUCCAGAUURGAGCAGAAAAGCUCCUGUAUCCCUCCCUUUUAGGUUGCCUGAGAUUCAUUCUUUCAUSAUGACUCGUGAGAACUUUAAACAGAAGCAGAGAAGCCCUGGAGAACUGCAAAUGGCGAAAUUAGAUAUUUAGAUCUACCUGAAGCAAAACUUGUUUUCAAUGCGUUUGUUUUGCUGCUAUAGUAGCAAAAUCUGCCGUGCAGUGCCCUUUGAAAAUAAACAGGAUAUUUGCAGCAUGCUGGGCUUCUGGCUCAGCWUCUCCAGUAAAGAACUCUGUGCCCAUGCUCAGGCAGGAGGCAUUGUCCCUCCCUUGCUCUCCCAGCUUGGGUGCAAGGUAGCAGCCAUCCACGUUUCCAGGGCUUUGUUUCUGUAAAGUGUUUUGCAAACGCCUGUGAUACAGUCCAGAGCUGUGUUAAAAAAUGUUCCUUUGCUGCAGCACCUUGCAAAGGAGCCGCUGGGCAAGGGGAGCCUGGGGAUGGGAGUGACGUGAACAACCUUUUGCUUUUUUGGCUGAUCUGCAUCUGCUUGCAAAAUGCUGCUUAAAUCUCACCAGUGACUGACCAGUAAUUAACACCAGGCCAGAACAAGGUAAUAUUUAUGUGCUGAAAAUGACACUGGUAAAUGUUCAGAUUUGCCUGGUUUUGAGACAUCCCAUCUGAAUGGAAAUAGCUUCUACUUGAUUUAUUGAUGAAACUUGUGCUUUACAAGUCGGAGUCAUUAAAAUAAAUUCAGCUUCAUCUGUACUGCAUGUUGGGAAAAUAAAGAAUGAGAGAAAACAAAAUAAUCCACUUGGGACAAAAU